AUGUUUGGAAAAAUUAUUCAAACAACGGUAUCAUUCGAUAACCAUGGUUACAGCAAAAGAACAGCACAGACAUUGCCUCCUUUACAAGAGAGGAAAACAGAAGCUGGGACCUCUCCUCCAGUCAAAGUCAAACAGCUGCUUGAUGAACCAGAGACUGUCUCCACCAUAGAAACUUGGUAUUUUAACCUUCACAGUGUGGCCUGUCUGAGUGAUGAAAAAAUAUGGACAAGAGGAAAUGGCUCCACCAUCGAACUCUACUCAACACCUAUGGCAACACUAUGGAACUCACUACUCAAGUCAAUCACAGUCAAGUCAGGGAGUACCUCCUCCGGUGACCUCCUGGUUAUCAUGUACAGUGAUGACAAUAAACCAACAAAAGUUGUUCGUUACUCUGCCUCCACACAGAAACAAACCAUUCAGUUUGAUGAUAAAGGAAAACCUCUCUUUUCAAAUGCCACCAGAUUCAUAACUGAGAAGAAAAACCUGGAUAUCUGUGUGUCUGACAGUUGGGCUAAAGCAGUAGUAGUGGUCAAUAAGGGCGGGAAACUUAGAUUCAGGUACACCGGAUAUACCCCUGCUCCAAAGAACAAAACAUUUUGUCCGCGCGGAAUCACCACAGACAGUCAGAGUCAUAUCCUUACAGCUGAUAUUGAAAAUCACUGUGUCCAUAUCAUAGACCGGGAUAGACAUUUCCUUCGUUUCAUAGAUUGUGGACUGUGUGAACCCAUAGGAUUGUGUACAGAUAUAAACGACAAUCUGUUCGUCGCACAAUAUCGAAACUGUAAAGUAAAGAAAAUAAAGUAUCAAAAGUGA